UAGAAGGCGGGCAGCCACCAGGUUUCAGUAUAUAUGAAUUUUGGUGAAAUGGGCGUCCUUGCUUUUCAUUUCUUUAUAAUAUAUCUGAUCUUUGAUUUGAUUGAGAACAAAUUAGCAGUAUUUGUUUUUGGCCCUCCACGACUUUCUUAAAGUGUCAAACCAAGACAGCCUUAAGAGAACUAUUUGGUUUUUUUUUUAAGGUCCCUACGCCAUUCUUGUGCAGCCUUAAAAGAAUUCAAUGCUGGGAAUGACUCAAUCCUACUAUUCAUGCUUUGGCAUGGAGAGAAACAUGGAGUUGGUGAUGAAGAAGCAGGGCCAAGCUAAUGUGGACGUCUCCCCUUUCUUGCUCUUUGAGGACAGUGGGGAUUCUGAAGCUGCUGCUGAGGUUGUUUUUGAUGUUCCCUUGGCCGAGGAUGAUGCUGAGUCAUGCAGCUAUGACUCGGCUGAUAUCUCCAGUGCGGAUGAGCUCAUCGUAAAUGGUGAAGAUGAUCAUGGUGUUCGAGAAUAUCGGAGUUAUGUUGAUGAUCAUGAGGAGGAAGAGGAAGAGGAAGAGGUAAUGUCUUCAGUUUAUCAGAGAUGGGGGCACCAGCUGAAAUCAACUGUUUCUGUUGAUUCAACAAAGGAGUUUGAGAUGUUGAAUGAGGUGGAAAAGAGCAAGCUAUUUUGGGAGACUUGCUUGGCAUCCUGAUACUGGUUGGCUCUAUAUAUCUUUUUCGUGAGUCAGCUUCUUCAUCAAUUUCUCUCUUUCUAUACUUGCUUUGCUCUUGGAAUUUAGUCUGGGAAAAGCCUGGAUAAAAGCAAGCAGGCAACGAGAAUCAAAAGGGUUUGUGUUACACAUUCUAUAUUUUAAAUGCUAGCAAUUGUACAUAACAUAUUACAGAUUCAGAUAUAUAUGAUCACUGUUUACAUCUAUAUGCCCCCACCCCACCCCCCGUCCCUCCCUCUCUCUCUCUCUCUCUCUCUCUCUGUAUAUUUGUUGUGUGUGAAUUAUAGGUUCUGGAAUAAACCCAGAAACUAGAAGCUAGAGUUGCCUCUGGUAAUUAGACCAUGACCGGCUAGUUCUUGUUUUGUACCAGGAAAUAUAUGUAUGUGAGAGUUACCAGAAAAGUGCACUUUUAAAUUAUGCUUUGAAGUUAAUUUUGCUGGUAGAUAUAGCAGUUUGUUCAACAAAAUUUAUGGUAGAAAGAAAAGGUAAAGUGUUUGAUCAUUGUAAUAGUUCUCUGUACUGCAAACUGCCUACAAGGCACCAACAUAAUGAAUUAAAUUUUCAUAGUGA